UUCAUAAUCUUGUGUUACCAACAAUCUGCUGUGUUUUUACUUUACAAACAUUUGUAAAGGAAUUAAACAUGUUCUGUUUAAAAUACAUUCAGUAAAUGUUACUGUGUGUCUGAAUCAGUGUGGUGGAGGUGAAAUGUUGUAACUUUGGUGUUUACAGAUUCUACCAAUGCUGCAGUGCACAUGUCGUAAUUAGUCAUCCUUUUCGUACUGGCAGCUGACUGUUUUUGCACUUACUUGAAUGAAGCAAUUCAAAUGAACUUUGAACUACAUUUCUAAAAUUUACAUCAAAGUCAGCUUUAUUGUCAAAAACCAUAUGCACAGGUCAUACACAGGAAUUUGAAGUUUCAAUGCUCCCACAGCCCUCGGUGUACACUAAAACAAUAUAAAGGUUAAAAUAAGUCUUAUGUACGACACAAUACAAUACAAAACAGUGUCCAGCACAGUCAGAGUGCUUGUGGGCAAGAGUUCGUGUGCAAGUGGGGUGGGGGAGUCAGUGAGGGGCGAUGGUGGAGGUUGAGAGUUUUAUAAGUCUGGGAGGUGGGCAGGGUUAAGAGGGGAGAGGUGGAUGCAGGUCUGUAGUUCUGUGUGUGAGAGUGGAGAGGGACAGAGCAGGGAGAGAAUUCAGCAUCCUGACAGCCUGAUGGAUGAAGCUGUCUCUCAGUCCGCUGGUUCUAGCCCAGAGGGUCUUCAGUCUCUUUCCUGAUGGCAGCAAACUGAAGAAACUGUUGGACGGAUGGUGGAGUCACCAGUAAUGCACCUGACAGCUUCUCGGGUGAGGCGGAUGCAGUAGAUGUCCUGAAGGGAAGAAAGAGAAUUGCCCAUGAUCCUCUCUGCUGCUCUCACUACUCAUUGUAACUUUUUCAGACGGGAGCCAUACCACACAGUGAUGCAGCUGAUGGAGGUGCCGCUUCGACCAGAAAUGUUUGACUUCCAUGGAGUCUCCAUGACCAACGUCAUCACUGACAACUGGGACAACGUACAGAACUUCAAAGCAAGACCAGAUGAUAUUCUUAUCUCUACGUACCCUAAAGCAGGAACCACAUGGAUCUCUUACAUCAUAGAUCUUCUGUAUUUUGAGAACAUGGAUCCAGAUCGUCAGACAUCCAUCCCUCUUCAUGAAAGAGUGCCCUUCCUGGAGAUCUGCGUACCUCCUCUACCUUCAGGUACCGAUUUGGCAGACAAGCUUCCCACCACUCCUCGUCUCAUUAAAACUCAUCUGCCAGUCCAGUUUGUACCAAAGUCCUUCUGGGAGCAGCGCUGCAGGGUGGUUUAUAUGGCCCGCAAUGCAAAAGACAAUGUAGUGUCCUAUUUCCACUUUAACCGCAUGAACAGUGCCCUGCCAGAACCAGGAGACUGGAGCACCUUUCUGCAGGACUUCAUGGAGGGAAAGAGGGUUUAUGGAUCGUGGUAUGACCAUGUGAACGGCUGGUGGGAGAAGAAGCAAACUUAUUCAGAUUUUCACUACAUGUUCUAUGAAGAUUUGAUUGAGGACUAUGAAAAAGAAAUAGACCGACUGUGUUCCUUCCUUGGUUUGUCUCCAUCAGCUGAAGAGAAGGAAAGAAUCAGAGCCAGUGUGACGUUUGACAGCAUGAAGCAAAACAAGAUGACUAACUACUCCACAGCUCGCAAGCUGAACCACGAGGUUUCUCCUUUUAUGAGAAAAGGAAAAGUUGGUGACUGGAAGAACCACUUCACUGUGGCCCAGAAUGAGCAGUUUGAUGAAGACUACAAGAAGAAGAUGAAGAAUCCUGAUUUGAAGUUUCGCUGUGAAAUUCAAAGAGCGGGCUAGAGCUGAGAAGUGAUAUGCAAUUAAAUAGUUAAGAAUAAAUCAAAUAUUAAGCCUGAACAACUGAAUUCUCUUACAUUGUGGUGCUGUUGGCUAUCUAUCAGCUUAACCUUCCAGGACCUGGCAUCCACAUAUGUGGACAUCACAUUUUGGGUUGUGGAGACCAAACUACUAAAUUUUGCUCUACAAAGGGCCUGAUAUCUACUAAUGAGGACAUUAUACUGCCACUGUUCUAUUGAAAUUUAAAAUGAAUGUCCUCUUAUGAGGAUCCCAUUUUUCUCAAAAACAAAAAUCAGGUAAAAAAAAAAAUCAGCUAAUCCUUUGUUUUUACAUUCAUCAGGUCCCAAUCAGCCCAAAUAGCAAAGAGAAAUUAAAAAUGCAUGCCAUGAAAGAGUUUGGGUCUUAGGAGGUUAAGAAAAAGGAGGAUGAACGAACAUGUGUCAUUUUUACUGAACAUAUUUAACUAACUGAUUGUUAAUGGUUAGUUUGUCUGACUUUAUGCUACUGGGUUUGAAAUUAAGAGACCCAGCUGGGCAUGAUGGUGGGAAGAAGCUGGAGUACCAGGAGCGAAUCCACACAGGAACCAGAGUUCAUUCUGUGUAAUUUCCCAGCUUAAAAAACAUUUAUCCUCAACUUAAACUACACUACCUGAAUAACCUAAACUUUGUUUAUUUCUCAAAUGAAUAUGUUCCAGUACUUAAUAAUUUGGCCACACAUAAAGUGUAAUGUGGGAAUGUUUCCUACAUAGAAUCAUAGGUCUGGUAUAAAUCAAGAAAGAGAAGCAGAAAACUUUUUACAUUCACACAGUUAUGGCAAGCAGCUCUCAGCUGUGUAGAGAUAGUAGGCUGCUGUUGUAUGUUGGAUUUCAUUUUUAUUAAACACAGCUGUUUUAAUUCUGUUAAAA